GAAAGUUUUCAAAGCAGCUCGCCACACGCCACUGAUCGCACGCCGACGACGCGCGCGCAACGCACGGCUGCCCUCGCCCCCGCCGCAACAGCACCAGCACCGAGCAGCUGCACCGAGGGCUGCCCGCGCACACUAACACCAAACAACAAAUGACGCUCCCCGCCUCGCUGCCCGAGUUCGAGGGCGACCCGGCCCAGCUCUACUUACUUGCUGCUCUCUUGACGCGAGACGGCGCGAUCACAAGGCACGGGCGAGCUUUACUGAAGGAAUGUAUAUUAAGAAGAGAUCCGAGACUAACAGCGAUCAUGAAGGGCUUCCACGAUUCAGAAGCGGACGAGGCCUUCGUGGAGCGGGUGAAUGCCUUAGUGGAGUCGGAAGCGUUGGCGUUACAUGCCGACGUCUUCGACGAGUGUCCCCUCGAAGUCGCGAAAGCGUUGUCGAAACGGGAGCGCAGUGCCAAGCAAUUGGACGGGGAGAAGUCGCUCAUUUAUGGCGAGGUGGAGUUCGGCUACUUUGCGCGGGUGUUGAGGAAAAUUGCUCCGAGAAACGGUGGUGUUUUUUAUGACCUUGGGUCCGGUUCGGGAAGAGCUUUGGUCAUAGCUCGUCUGCUCCAUGACUUUGAUGUCUGCAAGGGCAUCGAGGUGCUUGAGAACUUAAACGGCGCCGCCCAGAUCAUCUGCAAAAGGUUCGAGGUCCUGGCUUCGGACGUGCUCGACGCUCGGACCUCGAAGAAAAUCGAAGUCCAGUGCAAUUCGAUGUUGGAUGUGGACUGGUCCGAUGGCGACGUCGUCUUCGCGAACUCCACAUGCUUCGAAGACGAUUUGAUGGGGAGCAUGGCGCGGCAGGCGGAACGGCUCAAGCCGGGGACGUAUUUCAUCACUUUUACCAAAGGCUUGGGCUCCGACGCCUUCGACGUCAUCGAGCGCAAGCGCUACAAGAUGAGCUGGGGGCCGGCUACCGUGUUUAUUCAUGUCAGGAAGAAUCUUGACGGUACUUCAUAUGAAGCGCCGCCGCUGACGAACAUCCCGGACGACGCGUCGUACCAGUCGGAUGACGACGAGGCCGGGUCGCCCCCCUCCUCACCAGGCUCGCCCUACGACGACGACGAGGACGUCGACUUCGAGACCGCGUCGCACGACACGGUCGACGACGACGAGUUCGAAGGUUUGGAGGACCUCGUCGCGGCGCGUCGCUAAGUAGGUAUCACAAAA